AUGGUGGCUACUUCUACGAUUCUGAAAAUAACACCGUUCCAAUGGAAUCCAUCUUUCCCAUACAAGCAACAUCCUUAUGUUCAUUUCUACUCAUCCAAACCUCAACUCCGAUCAAACUCUCUUCGUCUCCAAAACGCCGUCAAAUACAAACAAUCUCCUUAUUUUGAAGCACAAGCUUUGGCUGCUUCUGGUGGUAGAACUGGCGGUAGUGCCUUCUCGUCUAGGUCUAAUACUUCAUCUUCUUCUACGCCGUCUUCUCAGUCGCCAUCAUCAUCAGCUUCGAGAUACUCGUCUAGAACCUCAAAAAAAAAAAUCAUCGGCAUCAUCUUCAAGCUACUCGACUCAGCUCGGCCAAUAAUAGAUUAUUGGAGCUUGUCUCUGAUAGUUGCAGCCACUUUUGUGUUUUAUUUUGUCUUUAAAAUCAAUUCAAACCAGUCACAAAAUGACAUUCUUACCAAUUCUCCGAAAACUAGCGUCCUAAGACUACAGGUGGGGUUGCUAGGCUCGGCGAGGACCUUACAACAAGAUUUUUAUCAUCUUGCUGAAACUGCAGGUACAUCUACACCAAAGGGUCUAAUCUAUCUUUUAACCGAGGCAACAUUAGCUUUGUUGAGGCACCCGAACUAUUGCAUCUCUUGUUAUUCAUCUGUGGAUGUGAAGCAGUGUGUAGAAGAAGGAGAGAAGCAAUUUAACCAACUGUUUGUUAAAGAACGGGGAAAAUUUGACGAGGAGACACUUAUUAAUGUGAAUAACAUAAAGAUACGAAACUCAAAGAUUCACAGAGAUAGCGGUUUGAGCAAUGAAUAUAUAUUUGUUGUUCAUGAUAUCUUGGUGGCUGUAGAGGGUACACUUAAACUACAAACAAUAAAAGGAACUGGAGAUCUGAAGGAAGCCUUACAUAAACUCAGAUCGAUACGAGAAAGUAAAACCAAAAUGUUGCAGGCAUUAGAGGUACUUUGGACACCACAGAAGAAGGACGUUUUGACAGAAAUAGAACUACUUGAAGACUACCCACUUUUGAGGCCUUUCUAA